UGCAUCCGGUGUCGUAUUAGUUGCAGUUGGUACAUGUACUCGUACUAUUAUUCGAUCUUUGAAGUUUGAGCCAUAGCGGCAUAUUAUUAAGGGUUACACUUCACAGGAAGUGAAUCGAAACAGCUGAUCUGUCUCAUCGACUUCUUGGCUGCCGCGCUGUAGUCGAGCGGCGCAUGCAAUUCACAACUUAAACGAAUAGGUACGAGUACUGAAAUUUUGAGUAAGUAGUAUUAGGCGCGAAUUCUCGCAUUUUUCUACUAGUAAUCUGAUUACCUGCUACCUGCAUUAGGUAUGGUUCUACGUUCCUUGAAGUAAGAAAAGCGUCAACGUUUUAUGAAGUAAAUCUUGUGAUUAUACGGGAUACCGGGAUAGCAUAAUUUGCCAGAGAAAUUAAGUAAUGUCUGCUUAGCUCUGCAUUCUGCAGUUUUAGAUACCGGUGACGGCUGAAAUGACUCGACCACGGAAAGAUCGCGGCGAUGAAGCAGCACUGCCAGCAGACCGACAGCCGACUUCGUCAAAUCGUCGAACAUCCAGCAGUCACUCGGAUGAGUCUUGCUUGGUAAUCGGAGGCUGCGGAUUUCUCGGGAGGCAUCUCGUAGAGGAGCUGAAGGAGCGCGGCUGGCAUGUGCGCGUAUUUGACAUUGUGCAGUCCUUUGAGGACGAUAAAGUGGAGUUCCACGUGGGAGAUCUCUGUGAUAAGGCCCUUCUCGUGCAUGCCAUGCACGGCUGCUCCGUCGUUUUUCACUGCGCGUCUCCUUCUCCGGCCAGUAAUAACGAGGAGUUGUUCAGGAAGGUUAAUGUUGAAGGAACGAUUUCGGUGAUCGCGGCUUGCGAAGCAGCACAGGUUAGUCGACUCGUCCUUACGAGCAGUGCUAGCGUCGUGUACGAAGGAAAAGAUAUCCUCGGGGAUGAUGAAGAUACUCCCUACGCCGUCCAUCCCAUUGACGCCUAUACAGCAACCAAAAUUCACCAGGAACAGUUGAUUUUGCGAGCGAACAUGUACAACUACGGUCGUCUUUUGACGAUCGCCGUCCGACCGCAUGGAAUUUUCGGUCCACGGGAUCCCAAUCUUGUUCCGGUGCUGAUUAAUGCGGCAAAAGCCGGGAAAAUGAAAUAUAUAGUUGGGGAUGGGCAUAAUGUUGUGGAUUUUACUUAUGUGAAGAAUGUGGUGCAUGGAUUAGUUCUGGCCGCGGAAAAGUUGCGGGAAAAUCCUUCCUUGGGUGGCCACGCAUUCCAUAUAACAAAUGACGAGCCGAUCCUGUUUUGGGAGUUCAUGUCGCGCAUUUUAAAUGGCCUUGGGUAUGAAUCGCCAAAGCUGUGCAUUCCCCGGUGGAUCGUGUAUUUUAUUGCUACGAUUCUGUCGUUCUUCAGCCGGCUGAUCAGUCCUUUCGUCAGCUGGCAGCCCACCUUUACGCCUAUGCGAGUGGCACUUAUUAGCACCCACCAUACUUAUUCAUGCGAAAAAGCGAAGACACUACUGGGAUACCAGCCAGUGUAUACCUUGGACCAAGGAAUAAAGUUGACUCUAGACCAUUUUUCUUAUUUGAAAAAGCUUUUAUGACCUUUUUGUGUUUUUUUCUUAAGGUUCCUGCUUUGCUCAAAAAUUGCAUACUUGAUACUGAGCGACACUUACAGUUGUAGUUCCAUUUGGUUCAAAAUGACAUUUUAAACGAAGCUUGAAGUACGGAUUAAAUUUUUACGCUAAAGAAAAAGGUUAAACAGCAGGGGAACCAUCGUUCUUUAUGGUAGUACAGCAACAAAUAACGAAAGAAUCACUUAUUAUAGAACUGAAUACUUAAUAGAUGUAAAUACUUCAGGAAUGAUACUUACUUACAAUUUAAUUACUGUAACCAGCAAGUGCCAGAAACCCAGUAGUCUUAAAAGACUGGAACUUCUCAAUUUAAACUCCGAAGGUCAGAAGUCCGAUAAAAAGAAAUUGGGAAAGUUAUUCAAAGUGGCAGUAUGUUUCGUAGCUUUGCCUAAAGAAAAUGACGGGAAUAAGCGCAAAUUCUCUUUAUUACCGUACUUGUGCAGUCAUUACGAUGGAGUAUGUAAAAAAUAUAAUAAUACUAAGGAUUGUUUGGGAUUUUACGUGAACGGUUUCGUUCCGGCCAUGGAGGCAUUGAUCAAGGGAAAGCAGUAUUCUGUGAUCCGGUGGAAUUCACAGGCUUGCUUGUUCCGGAAAAUUGCGAUAAAAAUUUAUACAAGUCGCAGAAAUGAAUCUGUUUUAAAAUUAAUGGACUUCUUUCACUGUGGCAUGAUUGUGUUCUUGAUGUAUUAGCUCUUCAUACUACUAUUCGAUCCGAGUGGGCAGUGCUGUGCAUGGAAGUUUGGCAGAUGAACGCGUCUUGUUGCCAGUUGUUGGUAUCCAUGGAAUCCAUGGCAUGGCAUGGAUGUUGCCAAUCCUGAAGCCGGUGGUGAUCCAUCCAAUAUUGCGGAUGUUACUGACAUUUUAAAACAUCGCCGCGAUCUGUAAUCCGAUCAUAAAAGGAAACUGGACAGUACGGAGUUUAAGACGCCACCACCGGCGAUGCCACUGCCUGUAACUGCACCUUUGACGCCGGCGUCGUCGUGCAGUGCUCUGGAACGGGGCGAAGCUGAAGAGCCCACAAAGACACCAGCUCUGACCUCCGCUGUCGAUCUCGAGCAAACUGAACAGUUUGUUUACAGGCUGUAUGCCCGCUAUGGUUUUACGCGUAAUAUUUCUCUAUUCAGAAUUCGGUAUUCUUUUUCGUCCUUGUUGGGAUGAUGUGCUUUAAAUUUACUUUCCCAGUUUUU